UGCUGUGAAAACAUAAUCAUUUGAACUGUCAUGGCAGCUGUAGCUCUUAUACAGGGCGCAAGUAGAGGACUCGGACUUGAAUUUUGCAAGCAAAUAUUGCUGAACAAAUCCCCAGCAUGUGUAAUAGCUACGUGUCGAAACCCGGAAAAUGCCGUGGAACUACUGAACCUCGCUGCACAGCACCCUGGCAAAGUUACAGUGUUAAAACUAGACGUGAACAGAGAGGAUGACAUAAGUAGUGCGGCAGAGAAGGUGAAACAGUCGUUCGGUACACUUGAUCUUAUCAUAAACUCCUCUGCCAUGCUUCAUCCAUCCGGUAAAGGUGAGACCAGUCUUCGAGAUGUUUCCGCUCAGGGAAUUAUUUCUACUUUGACGACAAAUACAGUGGGACCGCUAGUGAUGGCCAAAUACUUCGCCCCACUUCUGCAGAAGGGGGCCGGACUAUUUGGACAGCAGCCUCCAGAAAAAGCCAAGCAGCACAGCGGAAUCAUAAUCAACAUGACGGCCAAAGUCGGAUCCAUAAGUGAUAACGCUUUAGGUGGUUGGUACAGCUACAGGAUGUCCAAAGCAGCCCUGAACAUGGCUACCAGGAACCUCUCUAUUGAGUUGGGGAGGAGUAGACCAAGAGUAGUGUGUGUGUCCAUGCAUCCUGGUACUGUAGACACAGACUUGUCAAAGCCAUACCAUCGCAACGUGCCCAAAGAAAGGCUCUUCAGCACCCAGCACUCAGUCCAUUGUCUCCUGGGCAUAAUAGACACUCUUAACAUAGGCAAGACUGGCAAGGCGUACAACUGGGACGGAUCUGAGCUGCCCUGGUAACGGUAGAAUAACAAACUUAAAAAAAUAAAAACAAAAACAAGUGAAUGGUCUAUUUAAUAACUUUGAGAACAACUGGAUCCAGUUGUUCUCCUGACUGACAGUUCUAACUUUGUCCUAAACAACAGGACAACACCUUGCGGAGAGGUAUCAGAGGAGACAUGAUGUAAUUCACCCUGACAAGGAGG